CUCAUUUCCGGGUGGUCUUUGGGCGCAGGAGGCACGCGGAGGUGGGCUGCCUGGGCUGCAGCCCAGAUUCCACACAGACGGAGCAGCGCGGCGGGCGCAGUUUUUGCCCGAGAAAGGGCGGGUAAGCGCCGCGCAGCUGCGUCCCGCGCCACCGCAGGGUGACCGCCGAGCUCAGAGCGCGCGAGUCUGCGAGGCGUGCUCGGUUGUCCAGAGGCAAAGUUCCAUAAGUUCUUUCCUCUUUUGGCAAGACUAGUGGGUGUUGUCACACAUACACACACCCCACCCCCGCCCCCGAUUGUGACCCCGAAGGUCCCACUAUGGACAGCGAAAGCGAAGUGGAUUUUUCUAGCAACAGCUCGACCCCAUUGUGGCGGAGGCGAUCGACCCCUCAGCCUCCGCUGCUGAGUCGGAGCAAGCCGAGGCCUCAGUCUUACCAGAGCCCCAACGGGUUAUUGAUCACGGAUUUCCCGGUGGAGGACAGAGGGACUCCUCCCGCUGCGCAGACUCGGGCCCAAGUGCUCACAGCCGCCGACGGCAGGACAGUCCAGAGAAGCCCCCUGCUUCUGCACGUCCCUCGGAGAGUGGUGGCCAAUGGCGGGACGGUUUCCCCGGAGUACAACGCUGCUUCUCCACGACUCCAACGGCCCAAGUCACCUCUGGUCCCCAAAGCGGCGCCGGCUGGCUCUCCGAAAUCCCCAGCAAAUGGCACGAUGACCUCGCCUGCGUCGCCGCUGCGCCCCCAGCGGACUGCUAACGCGCUCGUCCCCUGCAGCCCAGAGGAGGACCCUACUCGGUUGACUUUCAGCCCGGUGCCUUCGCCCCCUGCAAAGGGUCUUGCCCCUGAUAACCAUUCUCCUGGCUUGGCUCCGCAAUCCGGUCAGACCACCAAGGAGCCGGAACCGGGAUCCUGGAGACUUUCUCCUGCGCCCCAGAAAAGGAGUUCGGAACAAAAACUCCCACUCCAAAGACUCCCGUCCCAGGAGACCGAGCACCCUGAGAGUCCUUCGGUGGUUUUGAGUACAAACAGCCCCGCUGCCCUCAAAGUUGGGAAGCAGCAGAUCAUUCCCAAGAGCCUGGCCUCGGAAAUUAAGAUAAGUAAAUCCAACGGUCAGAAUGUAGAUCCCCACAAGCGACUCCUCAAAGUGCGCAGCAUGGUGGAGGGCCUGGGAACAGCCCUGGGCCACGCUGGGGAGGAGGGCGAGGUCGACAACGACGUGGACAGUCCGGGGUCUCUGCGGAGAGGCUUGCGGUCCACAUCCUACCGCCGAGCAGUAGUUAGUGGCUUUGAUUUCGACAGCCCUAACAGCUCGAAGAAGAAGAACAGAAUGUCUCAGCCGGUUCUGAAAGCAGUGAUGGAAGACAAGGAGAAGUUUUCCAGCUUGGGAAGGAUGAAGAAAAAAAUGCUGAAAGGACAAGGAACAUUUGAUGGGGAAGAAAAUGCAGUCCUGUACCAAAACUACAAAGAAAAGGCUCUUGACAUCGACUCUGAUGAAGAGUCGGAGCCUAAAGAACAGAAGCCAGAUGAAAAAAUUGUGAUUCACCAUAAGCCCCUGAGAUCCACGUGGAGCCAGCUGUCUGCGUUUGUCUCAGACAGUGAGCCAGGAGGAAAGAAAAAGGCAAGAGGCUAUCUUCGAAGUCAUAUCCUCUGAACAUUCCUAUUUACUCAGCUUGGAGAUCUUGAUAAGAAUGUUCAAAAAUUCUAAAGAACUGAGUGAUACAAUGACUAAAACAGAGAGGCAUCAUCUUUUCUCCAAUAUUACAGAUGUCUGUGAGGCAAGCAAAAAAUUCUUUACAGAGUUGGAAGCAAGACAUCAGAAUAAUAUCUUCAUAGACGAUAUAAGUGACAUUGUGGAAAAACACACAGCAUCCACAUUUGACCCGUAUGUGAAAUAUUGCACAAAUGAAGUCUACCAACAACGAACACUACAAAAAUUGUUAGCCACUAACCCAUCCUUUAAGGAGGUAUUAUCAAGGAUCGAGUCCCAUGAAGACUGUAGAAACCUACCCAUGAUCUCUUUUCUCAUUCUGCCCAUGCAGAGGGUGACCCGCCUUCCCCUGCUGAUGGAUACAAUCUGUCAAAAAACACCUAAGGAGUCUCCUAAGUAUGAAGUCUGCAAAAGGGCCUUAAAGGAAGUAAGCAAGUUGGUUCGGCUGUGCAAUGAAGGAGCCAGGAAGAUGGAAAGGACCGAGAUGAUGUACACGAUUAAUUCCCAGCUGGAAUUUAAAAUUAAGCCUUUUCCUUUAGUCUCCUCUUCCCGGUGGUUGGUAAAAAGAGGAGAGUUGACAGCCUAUGUAGAAGACACUGUGCUUUUCUCAAAGAGGACAUCCAAACAGCAGGUCUACUUCUUUCUGUUUAAUGAUGUGCUCAUUAUCACCAAGAAGAAGAGUGAAGAAAGUUACAACGUCAAUGAUUAUUCCUUACGAGAUCAGCUAUUGGUAGAAUCUUGUGACAAUGAAGAGCUUAAUUCUUCUCCAGGGAAGAACAGUUCCACAAUGCUGUAUUCAAGACAGAGCUCGGCCAGUCACCUCUUCACCCUGACAGUCCUUAGUAACCACGCAAAUGAGAAAGUGGAAAUGCUGCUGGGGGCUGAGACGCAGAGUGAGCGAGCCCGCUGGAUAACUGCCCUGGGACACAGCAGCGGGAAGCAGCCUCCUGACCGAACCUCACUGACUCAGGUGGAAAUUGUUAGGUCAUUUACUGCGAAGCAGCCAGACGAGCUCUCCCUGCAGGUGGCAGACGUGGUCCUCAUAUACCAACGCGUCGGUGAUGGCUGGUAUGAGGGGGAACGACUUCGAGAUGGAGAAAGAGGCUGGUUUCCUAUGGAAUGUGCCAAGGAGAUAACUUGUCAAGCUACAAUUGAUAAGAAUGUGGAGAGAAUGGGACGUUUGCUAGGACUGGAGACCAACGUGUAACCUCUCAGAUGACCCUUUCGUUACUGCAAGAUUUGCACUACA